CAUAGCUGGGGGAAGGAGGCAAGGAGAUGAGGAGAGAGAGGAACACGGAAACCUAGAACGGUUAGCCUUUUUUUUUUUUUUUGAACGAGGUCACUUCACCGGGUCCCUCUCUCCAGGUUCUUCUUCCCGACUACUACGACAACCGCCCUACGCCAUAUCGACUCGGGUGUGCCCGGCUCUACUUCUAUUCAGCCUUAACAUGUCGUAAAACCUGCGACGUCCACGCUGCUAACACAAGCAUCUGGAACUCCCAACACUCUGCCAUCAUGGGUCUCGGCGUUCUCGAGUCCAAGGCCUUGGACCAAGUGCCAGGGACGACGCGCUACUUCGAUGAUCCAAACCGUCCCCAGACAGCGACCGAUACUCAUCACGGACUGAAAGUCGACGCGAGCGGUGAUGUGCCCAUCAUUCUGGUUCCUCAACCAUCCGAUGAUCCCAACGAUCCCCUGAACUGGCCCCUUUGGAAGCGAGACCUCAUCACCUUUGUCCUCUCCAUAACCGCCAUCUUCGCGACCGCGCUCGGCCCUAUCCUUGCGGCGAAUACCGUUACGAUUGCCCUCCUAUUCCGUACUAGCUUCACCCGCAUCGCUCUUCUCACCGGAUACUUCCUUCUCGGAGUUGGUGCCGCAGCCAUCUUCUUUGUGCCUUCUGCGCGUGUAUGGGGCAAGCGCCAUCUCUUUAUUGUCGGAAUAUGCAUUCUCGUUGCCUCGUCCGCGUGGGCAGGCUCUGUCGGCACGAGCUACAACUCGCUGCUUGGUGCUCGCCUUGUCCAAGGCAUCGGCUGUACUCCCUUCGAGACACUCGUAAAUGCCGCCGUCGGUGACCUGUACUUUGUCCACCAGCGCGGCUCCCGGAUGGCCUUUACGAAUUUGGCAGUCUUUGGCGGCGCCUUCUUCACCCCCAUCGUUGUGGGCAAGAUCACUCACAGCAUUGGAUGGUGGUGGACGUUUUACUUGGAAGCCAUUUUUUGCGCCGUGUGCCUCCCCGCCGUGUUCUUCCUCUGCCCUGAGACGGCCUACCGUCGGGACACUGCGCUCAACACGGAUAUGGUCGCAGAUUCCAUCGAACUCACUGACAACAAGGCGUCUUUUGUCGACGGCCCGGGCAGCAGGUCCAGCGACCACGAGAGGCUGAACCCCACCUCAGCGCCGUAUGGUUCAGGCCUGGAGGCUGUCCGAGGAGCGGGAGUUCGAAUUCCAAAGAAGACAUUCGUUCAGUCGCUGGCCUUGUUCGAUGGCCGCAAAACGGAUGAACACUACUGGAAAUUGCUUCUUCGCCCCUUUCCGCUCUUCGUCCAGCCCGCCUUUCUGUGGGGAUGUCUGAUUCAAGGCACCAUGAUCGGUUGGACUGUCUUCAUUGGUGUCAUUGUUGCGGCUCUCUUCUUGGGACCUCCCUACUAUUGGAAUGAAGUCAACGCUGGGUACGCCUAUGUCGGUGCUUUUGUCGGAGCGCUCGUCGGCUUCAUCAUCGCUGGUGCGUUCUCCGACUGGAGUGCCACGUUCUUGACCCGUCGCAAUAAUGGCAUCUACGAACCUGAGUUUCGCAUUGUCAUGGUGCUCCCCAUGUUCAUCAUCGGUUCCAUUGGUCUCUACGGGUUCGGCAUCACAUCUGCUGGGCUUUCGGCCAGGGAGUACCACUACAGCAUCCCGCUCAUAUUCUUCGGCUUUGAGGUUGCUGGUAUGGUCAUUGGGGCUGUGGCCAGCUCCUUGUACAUUGUUGAUGCCUACCGUGAUCUGGCCAUCGAAGGCUUCACUAUCAUGAUUAUCUUCAAGAACAUCUUCAGUUUUGGUCUUACAUGCAGUGCGUACGACUGGAUCAUUGCGGGUGGUAUUAAGCCUACCAUGAUGGCCAUUGCUAGCAUUCAGGUCGUUGUUUGCGCCUCGAGUAUUCCGAUGUAUUUCUAUGGCAAACGUGUUCGUGCUUACUUCCAUCAGCACGAUCUGCUGAAGUUGACUGGUUUGCGCUGAGCGACCAGCACCCUCUUUUCCUUGUUUAUUCGACCUGAUGCCCGACCUACAGAGAUAUCUAUUCUCUUAUCUGAAGGCAGGCAUCUCAGAGAGCCCAGAGCCGUUUUAACGCUCAUGUCGGGGCCGCGGACAAGCCAUUGGGCGUUCAGAUAUACUCAACAUCUAUCUUUGUCCAUAGUACCUACCAUAUAGCAAUACCUAGUUCCGUAUAACGAUCUAA